GAAGCCCAGAUGUAGCCCAUAAUCAACACACUCACAAAUGCUACCCUAAACUUCUGUGGAACCUCGCUCUCUCUUCUUCGUUUCACCAUUAAACCUUAAACUUCCACCUCCCAUUAGGCAUAAGUUAUUGUAAGUGAGAGCAAAAUGGUGAGGCCAUAUGGAGUGAAAGGACCCAAGAGAAAGAAGAGAGACGAGAAAUAUGAUACAGAAGAAGAUGAAGCUCAAAAAAGUAAGAAAUUUGAACAACAAAAUGAUAAUGAUGAUGAUGAUAAUGGUGGAGAAGAUGAAGAAAAAUUACAAGGGGAAGUAGAGGAAAUGGAGGGCAUCCCAAUUAUGCCAAGUGAUUUAAAAGCAAAGAAGCCUGGAGUCAUUUUCGUGCUCGAAAACGCCUCUUUGGAAGUUGCUAAAGUUGGCAAGACAUACCAAAUUUUGAACUCUGAUGAUCAUGCAAAUUUCUUGCGCAAGAAUAAGAAAAAUCCGGCUGAUUAUAGACCUGACAUUGUUUAUCAGGCGUUGUUAUCAAUUUUAGAUAGCCCAUUAAAUAAGGCCGGCAUGUUGCAAACAGUUUACGUGAAAACAGAUAAAGGUGUUCUUUUUGAAGUUAAACGACAUGUACGUAUUCCAAGGACGUACAAACGGUUUGCUGGCAUCAUGUUGCAGCUGCUCCAGAAACUAAGUAUAACUGCAGUGGGCAAGCGUGAGAAGCUAUUGCGUGUGAUCAAGAAUCCUGUGACCCAGUAUCUACCAGUUAACUCUCGUAAAAUAGGCUUCUCAUACAGCUCAGAAAAGCUGGUUAAAAUGAGCAAAUACGCAGCUACAGUUGACGAUGACGUUAACCUUGUCUUUGUGGUAGGUGCUAUGGCCCAUGGAAAAAUUAAUUGCGAUUAUAUCGACGAUUUCAUAGCGAUUUCCGGCUACCCAAUGAGUGCUGCUUGGUGUAUCGCAAGGAUUUGCGAGGCAUUGUCUGAUAAAUGGAAUGUACUGUGAACGUCUCCUUUUUGUAUACUAUGUGAAAGCUGAUUUAAUGAUUUAUCAUACAUGUAAACCCUAAUGCAGCAACUAUUUGAGAAUUUUAGCAUGUCAGUACUUUUUUGUCUAUUUUAAUGCAUCGUAUCAUAAUGAGGAAA